GCAAACAAUUACUUAUUACGCAGAAGUGUAGAAGACAUCGUCUAAUGAGUUUCAUUUGAAACCCCUUUUAAAUAUCACGAUGAGAAACUCAUAUGAUACAAUGUGUAAUCCAGCCACCACCUAAGCCCUGUGAGUUAAAACAACAGCUAACCUAGUUGCCUUACGCAACAGUGACGACUGCUAAAUAAAACUGCACAUGAACUUGGUGGCACCAAUUUUCUUAUAGGCCACAAAUAAACGUAAACCUUAAGCAUCAGGCUCUGUCAACAUUGAUAUCCGCCAUAACUAUCAGCCAUACUCACCUUAAGAAGUAUCUAUCAUACAUAUGUUCAAGAAAGAAGUGCAUUUUUAAAUUGCGAGUUUCAAUCAACAUCUUUCCUAAUUGCCUACCUCGUCAUUUACCUCAUACGUCUUUAUAUAGGUAAAUAUAUCAACGAUAUAUUUAUCCCCUAACCCCAAUAACCGCACUCAUAAUACAACACGUCUAUAUAUAUAAAACACCAACACAACCUAAAGAGGUACCUAAGGUAACAAGGUAGGUAACGUCGCCAAACGGCGCAAAAAGCGGGAGAAUGUCCGAGACAAUCAAUCUCCCCCACAAGCCCAACGCCCCGCUGUCCUACCGACUCGUCCCGGGACAGGGCCCCUUGUCAACCACGCAUCUCGUCGUGUACCUCAACGGGCUCAUCGGCUCCCAGUCCAUCUGGAACGCGACUAUAGAAGACCUGCAACGGCGAUGGGGCGAGGAGGAUGAAGACGGCCGCUCUGCCGCCGCCGCCAACAAUAAUAACUACCCGGCGCUACUUACCUACGACCGGUACGGCCAGGGGGGCUCCGCGCGGGACCCGGCCGACGACCAGCGCGGCGGCAGCCACGAUAUUGAGGAGGUGGUGGCGGACCUGCACGCGCUGGUGCGGGAGAUCUGGCGCACCAAGAUAACAAAGGCACCUUCGGACGAGGGCCAAACCCCGAAGCUGGUGUUUGUCGCCAACAGCAUCGGCUGCGUCGUCGGCCGGCUCUACGCGCAGACUUACCCCGGUGCCGCCGCCGCGCUCCUCCUGCUCGACAGCAACAUGGCCAACAGCGACCAGGUAUCCCUGUUCCCGGACCCGGACGCGCCGGACUUCGACCCGUGCUGCCUCCCGCCGGACAGCUCGGCCUCGGACCUGCGGCGCGCGCGGGCGGGGUACGCGGCGCACUUCGGGCCGUGGGCGCCGAACGCGGAGCACCUGGACCGGCGGACCGUCGCGUCGCUGCUGCCGUUGGCGGAAGCGCCGGCGCUGCGGGGGGAGCCCUGGAUCACGGUCGUCGGGCACGACCCCGAGGUGUUCGCGGACGAGGGCCUGCGCGGGUCCCUGAGGGUGCCGAGGGGCUUGACGGACAUGUUCGUAAACCCGGUCUGGGCGCGGUAUAACGAGGGCCUCGCGCGGCUGACGAGCAGGGAUAGGGCGCUGGGCCCGGUGGUCGCGGCGGGGUGUGGGCAUUUCGUACAGAAGGACGAUCCGGGGUUGGUGGCGGGGCUUACGGACCAGUUGUUGCGAAAGAUCGAGGCGGAGGGUGCGGCGUAG